UGUUUCUCAAUUCCAAGAACGCAAAGAACGGACUUGCGUCCUCGUGGAGAUCGGUCUUGCCAGGCGACCUUGGAAGAACGAACUCGGAAGUUUUGCCGCAAUGACUUCUGGGGCGUAAAGCGAUUUCAGCAAGUCUGCACUCGAUAUCAAGAACACAUCCGGGUAUUUUCAUGCGUCCUCUGUCCUUGCGUUCUUGAGAAUUGGAAUUGAACUUCGACCGUUAAUGAUGACGUAGAGCGAGGACACGAGGACGCAAGAUCGCUGAAGAACGCAUAUUGAGAAACAGCCGAUGUUUUGGGGAUGUUUACGGCUUAUUCGUCUAUGUAAUACACGCCAUUAGCAAGAUUGCGGCUCGUGUGUGAGUUUUUCAAAUUUUAUUGUAUUUUGCAAAACUUUACAAUAAAGACUUUUUGUUUUUCAUUUUACUUGCAUCAAACAUUUGUCUGUUCACCUUCUAAAUCGUAUAUUUCACAAAAAAAAAUAACUGUAUAUUUUUAUUGCACAAUUUUUGUGUGUUCCUUACAAACAUGCACAUUUUAAAAACCACAAAUACAAAUGCAAGUACAUAUGAAGAAUAUUUUGUUCUGCUGUGAUGCCUGGGACUUAAAUCAGCUCCGUUUAUAUCCCAUAUAGCCUACUUUAAAAAAAAAUCGAAGUGAGCGGCUUUCUACAGGUCACGUGACAGCUUCAUUUGAAACAAUGCUCCGGAACACUGUUUUAAACUGCACUAGUGUGUCGAAGACCGUGCGAUCUGCCCAUCCAUACAUAACUAAUCUGUUAUCUUUAUCUUCAAGGAUUUUUUUUCUUUUUUUGUCCUGCCUGUGUCGUGACAUGGCUAUCUCCUCAAUAUCACGCCUGAAAGACUGUUAUCUUUGCUCUUCUUCUUUAAAAGACUCGGUUGUUUUAAGAUGCUCUCACAGUUUGUGUAAAAGCUGCGUACAUAGCUACUGGGAGUUCAACAAGACUCUGGAUUGUCCUGUUUGUUUGAUGGAGACUCAUUGUUCUGUGCUUCUGCAGGAUUUUAGUCUUUCUCACUUUUCAGAUGGCAGAAACAUCAAACCAAAUCAUGUGAAGAAUGCAGAAAGUAAGAUGAGGGAGCAGUCAAGUAAAACCAGGGAUGAGGAGGUCGAUGCAGAUGUGAUGCUGGGGCAGAAUAAAUGUGAAGAGGAACCUCCUGCUACUUCACUGAGGUCCAACCUGUGCCCAAAAUGUGGCAAGAGCUUCAAAAGAAAAUCUGACCUGAGAGCCCACGAGAAGGUGCACAUCUUAAGAAAGCCGCACCAGUGCUCCACCUGUGGAAAGAGUUAUGCUGGCAAAUAUAAGCUCGCUUUACACAUGCGUCUGCACACAGGUGAGAAGCUGUUUAACUGCUCUUACUGCAACAAAAAGUUCACUGAAGAGAUGUCUUUGAAGUCCCACUUAAGGAGCCACACAGGGGAAAAGCCGUUCUCUUGUUCUCAAUGUGGGAAAUGCUUUUCUGGAAAAAGUAGCCUAAAAACUCACCUGCAGUUGCAUGGUGGAAAUCUGCCUCAUCAGUGUGAUCAUUGCGGGAAGCUUUUUAACACUGCAGCUGCAAUGAGACAGCACAAGGCGACCCACACCGGCGAAAAGUCUUUUCCAUGUCCACAAUGUGACAAAGGGUUUAUAACAAAGGAUGAGCUGAAGACUCACCUGAAUAGCCAUUUGGGGAUCAAACCAUUCAGCUGUUCAGUGUGUGGGAAGAGUUUCGUAACGAAGCAGGUACUUAACACUCAUCAGGUCAUUCACAAGGACGACCGCCCCUUUCACUGCACACAGUGCGAGAAAAGCUUCAAAAGAAUGAGCCAUCUGACCUCACACAUAAAGACCCACAGCUCUGACACCCCUUACAAGUGCACCUACUGCAGCAAAUCCUUCAAACUUCCCUUCUACCUAAAACUGCACGAGCGUAUUCACAGUGAAGAGAAGCCUUACAGCUGUGAGCAAUGUGGCAAAAGCUUUCAUUCAUCAGGAGAUCGCACCAAACAUCAGGCUGUACAUUCAGAGGAAAAACGGCACAAGUGCUCAAUUUGUGAUAUGAGGUUUCGCUUCAACAGUUCGCUGAGGAAACACAAAGUCAUUCACUCUGAGGACAAACCUUACCAAUGUGAAAAGUGUGGAAAGAGCUUUAACAGACUCGAUACCCUGAAAAGCCAUAAAGCGAUCCACACCGAUGAAAGACCUUACAAGUGUUCUCAAUGUAAUUUGUCUUUCAAGACUUCAUCUUCGCUAUGGUUACACAAAAUGAUUCACUCCAAGACCCUGCUACACUGCAGCAUCUGUGACAAAACCUUCACUCGCCAAAAAUCAUUAAAAAUUCAUCAAGACAUUCAUGCAGGGAUUAAAGUCUACAAAUGCUCUGAGUGUGGAAAAUGCCUGAGUGCGGAAAGUAGCUUGAAGUUGCACAUGGAGCAACACUUUGAAAAGAAAAUGUACCACUGCGCUGAGUGCGAGAAGAGUUUUAGAUCAGUGUCAUACCUGAGGAAGCACCAGAAGAUGGCGCACAUUGAUGAGAAGCUGUAAAUAAUACCAAAGGGAUACUGGUUACUUACCAGUUGCAACAUUCAGGAGCAUAUUUGUUUCCAUUGCGGGAAGGUAUAGAUGUAGAGGAACAGUCGGCAUGAGAUGAUUCAGACCUUAAUGAUACUCAGUUUGGUAAAGAAUUUGUUAGUAGACACCAUCUAAAACAACAUAAAACAAGUUAAGCAUUAUGUUUGUUUUAUUGUUUUAAAAGUCUGUGUUAAAUCGUCAUAAAAACUUAAUUAGGAGGAAACAUAAAAUUAAUAAAUGUAAUUAGUUAUUUUAAACCCAUCAAUGAAGUAAUAUAAUAUACCCCCUCCCAAUCUGGAGUCCCCCCAGUGAAUUUCUGCCAUUUCAAACCCUGAGUAGGUCUAAAACAGAACUGAUCUGUUAUCUUCGAGUAUAUUCUUGUCUGCAUUUAGAUCCACUUUUUUAAUGUCCCUUCCUCCAUACUGUAAGUAUUUAUAGACUGCCUCUACAGAUUCCACGGCAACCUAGAUAUUAAAACAAGCUCAUCCCCUAAAAAGCUUGAUUAUUAUAGAGGUAGAGGUAAGCUCAGUCCAAGCAAUACAUCGAUAAUAUCAAUUAAAGUGGUAUUAUCUUAAAGGGGCAAUGAACCUGUCGAUUUUAUUAUUUUAUACUGUUGUCUGAGGUCUACUUAUGAUGUUCGUGUGGUUUUUACAUUCAAAAACAUCAAAACCAAUAAGUAAUAUGCUAUUUUGUAAUAUGGUUCUGAUGCUGUCUGGAAAAAUGGUUCGUUUGAAGGGGCGGGUCGCAUUGAAGACCUGGACGUAAAUGCCCACUGCUAUGAUUGGACAGUUUCAUUCACCAUUAUUACAUGUGGGGAAAUGUUUUAAAAACAUUAAUGUGUAAAAAUAGCAACCGAACACACAUGUUGAUAUACAUAAAUGACAAUACGUAUAGUAAAGUAGAAACAAAACUUUAAACUCGGGGUGAGUAAAUUGCCAUAUACAACACAGUAAGCGCACAUCAGAAUCUAAACUGCGGCUGGUAAGUCUUGUAUAUAACUUUGUAUAUUUCUUUUGUGCUUGUGAGGUUGCUCUUACAUACACGUAACGUUACAUACCACAAUUAUUUGAUAAAAAAGCUUUGUUGAGUGUUGGACCUUUGAAACGCAACUUGCCUAAAUUACAGUAUACAACACAGUAAACGGGCAUCAGAAUCUAAAUCGCGGCUGGUAAGUCCUUCCUUAUAACUAACUUUGUAUAUUUCUAUCGUUAUAUAUCAGUUGUAUUGUUAAGUGUUGCACCUUUAUUAAUUGUUUAAUGUUUUUAGUAAAUUAAAACAAUGUGUUUAGACACGGAUGUUACAACAGGACAUAUCAAGCGAUCUCUAAAAAAGCAAUAGUGAAACUUGGUGCCAAAAACUAUUAUAUUUUAGUAAAAAGGACAAAAUAUAUAUAUA